ACAAGUCGCGAUGAGUUGCACGCAGAAUACUCGAUUUUCCCAGGCCUCUCUAACCACUCACCCCAGUCUUGUUCUGCUGUAUGUUUUUUUGUCAAAACAACGCUAAGUAAUCGAUGGACAGUUGCGGGCGAAAAUGACAGAUUACGGCGAGGAGCAACGGAAUGAAUUGGAAGCUAUCGAGUCUAUUUAUCCGGACUCAUUCACAGUACUUUCUGAAAACCCUGUGAGCUUCACGAUUACCGUAACUUCAGAUGCAGGGAAAAACGACGAGACAGUGGAAACGACGCUGAAAUUUACAUAUGUGGACAAAUAUCCGGAUGAGCCACCACUUUAUGAGAUACUCUCUCAGGAAAAUCUUGAGGAUGCAGAUGUUGAGGAUAUUCUGAGUUUGCUGCAACAGCAGGCUGAAGAAAACCUGGGAAUGGUCAUGAUCUUCACCCUGGUGACUGCUGUACAGGAGAAACUAAAUGAAACAAUUGACCUGAUAAAGAAUAGAAGAGAGGAGGAAAAAAGGAAAAAAGAGGAGGAGGCAGAGGAAGCUGAGAAGGUGGCCUUCCAGGGUACUGUAGUAACGAUUGAGCAUUUCCUGUCGUGGAAAGCCAAAUUUGAGCAGGAAAUGGCAGAGCUGAGGAAGAAGAGACAGAAAGAGGAAGAGCAGUCUGGAAAGCCAAAGCUCACCGGGAAACAACUUUUUGAACGAGAUCAUAAUCUUGACACUUCGGACAUUCAGUUCCUGGAAGAUGCUGCAAACAGUGUGGAGGUGGAUGAGUCUCUGUUCCAGGACAUGGACGAUUUGGACCUGGACGAAGAUGACCCAGAUUUUGACCCUGUGUGUCUAGGGAGUGAUGAGGACUAGAGAGCAGAGUGAAAGAAAUAGUGUGGGAAUAGUCCCCAUUGGGAGGUCACAUGACCACUAGCACUAGUUCCAGAUGUGAACUCGGCUGCCCAUUGGCUGUAAUCAGUAAUGACAUCAUUUUAUAAAAAGUAUUCGUACCCACCUGCUAAAAUCAUUGGACAGGACAUUCUUAUAUCUUUCUAAUAAGCCUACAGAUACAUCCAGCUAGCGAAUAAACCAUGUAUGACUUCCCUUCAAAUUCCCAGUGAUGUUUGAACAUGCAACUGAUUUGAACAGCACACUUUGGCUGGCGCAGCUGCAGUGGACCUGUGGCCAGCAGGGGGCAGCAUUGCUCCGUCUGAUCCCAAGCAUGGGGUCACUGCUUAGCGCAUGGGAAUAGUAUUUGCGCUAAAUAAAAAUGGUUGUUUCCUGAAACAGAA